AUAUUUUUAUGCUCAGACAUAAAUGCAAAACCCGACUGACUUGCCAGUUGUGGCUCCUCGCACUUAAAGUCCAACCGUCAUGGAGGUCAUUGACAUCCCUUCUUCCCCUGAACUACUUCCUACGACAUCCAGAGUAACUCGCAAUCAAAGCCAACAGCCUCGGUCGCAAAAGCGAAGGAUACUACCGCGACCGCCACCAGUACCAAGUCUAUGGGCUGAAGAAAUCAUCGAAAUAACAGACUCUGAUAGUGAACCCGAGCAUAAACCGAUGUCCCCGGGAAAGAGGCGCUCAGCCAAAACACAUGCAGUACCAGGUCCUUCGAACUUGCCGGUUAUCGGGGCGCCUCUUGAUGGCUUGCUUGAGGGUGCAGCUAUUCCGGCUGCCGGAUCAUCUCAGAAACAUCUUCGCAAAGACAGAAUCGCUUCCGCUCCGCUUUUUUAUUCAGAUGAUGAGGAUGCAGAGCUACAACCAAUGCCCAUGCUGAUGCAGCAGCUAGAUAUCCCUCCAGCACCAGUGCUUCCGCUCGCGCCACUUCCUCAACCCUCCCAACCUUCUGAAACACCGGUGGAGGCCCAGGUUUCAACUGACACGUGUGUUGCUCGCGUCCUUGAGAUUGUCCCAGAUGUAGAACCCGCACAUGUUCUCGGGCUUGCGGAGCAAUUCAUCCAUAAUCCAGUCAAUGCCGGACAGAACGUCCUAGAGCUUGUUCUCCAUUCUCUUUUUGAGGACCCAAAUUACCCUAAAGUCGAUAGGAAGGGGAAACGGAAAAGGCUCGAAGAUGACGAGGAAGGCGCUGCCCGUGGGCAGCCUGUUCCUAAGAUUGAUUAUGGCGCGACAGACAGAGAAUUUAAGGGGGGCAUACAUUACUUCGAGCUGGCUUUGGAACGGCUUAUGGUCGACUUUCCAUACGCGCCGAAGCCGUAUCUCCGAACGCUGCUACUAAAACGUCGAUUCUAUGCUCCAACUCAUUUGUUUUUGGCUGAGAAGCGGGAUCCUCCACCUUAUGUUCCGAAAUCCAUUCCCUCAAGAGUUAGUGGAAAGGGGAGAGAGAAGCACGACCCCGAAUUCGAGGCAGAGCGACAAUGGCUUCUGCAGCGACAGGAUGCACCUGUGUCAGCUGAUGUACAGCGGCUUCCUGAUCAAACAAGUGACAAUGAUGCAUGUGAAGAAUGUGAAGACGGUAUUGAAUGUGGUUGUUGCUUCUCCUCGUAUCCAUUUGACAAGAUGGUCCAGUGUCCGGAAGCACAUCUAUUCUGCAAAGGUUGCAUGUCUUCCUACGCAUCCAACCUUUUGGGCGAGCACAAUCCCAAUAUCGUUUGCAUGGAUCAGUCCGGAUGCAAACUUCUCUUUCCGCAGUCCGAGCUGGAACGUUUCCUUACACCGAAGCUGCUUGAGCUGUAUCAUCGCGUAAGGCAGCGCAAGGACAUUGAGGACGCCGGCCUUGAGAACUUGGAGGAAUGCCCUUUUUGCGAUUAUAAAUGCGUGAUCGAGAACGAGAUGGAGAAGCUCUUUCGGUGUGAGAAUGCGGACUGCGGUGCGGUGAGCUGUCGAGAAUGUAAGAAGCAUGACCAUUUACCGAAGAGCUGCAAGGAAGUAGAAUCAGACAAACACCUUAACGUGCAGCACGUUGUUGAGGAAGCAAUGACUCGUGCACUGAUGCGAAACUGUCCGAAGUGCCAGAAAGCAUUCAUAAAAGAACACGGCUGUAACAAAAUGACCUGUCCAAAUUGUCGAGUUGUAUCUUGCUAUGUAUGCCGGGAGAUCAUUAAUGGAUACGAGCAUUUUAAUAAGAACAAAUGCCUGCUAUGGGAUCCGGUAGAACAGCGGCAUGCGACUGAGGUUCAAGAAGCAGCUAAGAAGGCGAUGGAAGAUGUCAAACGCGAUCACCCUGACGUUGAUGAGAGCAACAUCAAGAUAGAUUUACCAAUUGCCGGUCCGGCUCAGCCACCCAUGAACGCUGGAUGGGGGGGCUUGCCGGCAUUACCGGUCUUACCGAAUGCGCAUGGUCCAGUACCGAAUGCGUAUGCAGUACCCGCUUAUGGCUUACCCUAUGCAGGCUACCCAGGAAAUAUGUUAAAUGCCCAGGCUCGGCAACAGAUAUUAGAGGAGCAAGCCCGCCAGCGAGUGGCGCUCGCUCAACGUGCCCAGGCUCAUGCACAGUUUCAGGAGCGAAUGGCACGGGCACGACUCGCCCACGCUGAGUUGAAGCGUCAAGCAGAAAUCAGGGAGGCGCAACGCAUUCAGGCCGUUCAAGCCAGACAUCAUGCGGUGGCGAGGGAGGAACUUCGUUUGAUGGCUGAAGCCGAGAGGGGCAGACACGUUAUGUACAUACCCCCUCAAUUCCCACCAGCUCCUCAACCCGUUGCCGCGCCCAGAAGGUCUCAGAGACACUAA